AUUUACAUGAAUAAUUUUAAAUGCUGGAUUUUUUCUAUAAUAUGAACUCUCACCACAACUAUUGUCUACCGACUGUUUACUUCAUAAAUGCAGAUGGUUCUGAAACAGAAAUGAUACAUAUGCCAAAGGCAGUUCUAAUGGGCCAAGUGGUGUGGUUUCAGAAUUGAAUUACAGUACCAGAUGUAAUACUACUAUUACAAUGAAUUAACUAUUACAAUGAAUGAAACUAUACGUCCCCUUCUUAAUGCACAUGUCUUAUCUGAACACAGUAUUAUUUGCUGCUCAAUUCAAAUAUUUGUCACAGUGGUGUACUGGGAGUGACGGGUGUUUUUGGGAGUGGAACCAGGUGUAAAAUGUUUGAGACGGGUGCAGUGGUUAAGGGCUCCCUUGGCUGCGCCCCUGUCAAUCAUUUUUUACAUUCCUGUCUAAUUUAUGUGUUGCUCUUUUUCUACUUUGUGUCUUAUAAUUUUCUGUCUUUUUUUUACUGUUGUUUUGGUCCUUCAGCCGCAGCCUCCUGCUCUGCUGCGCCUGUUUUUCUUCUGUAUCAGGUUGAGCUGCAGGAUUUUCCCCACGCUGAUGACGGCUCUGACACACGCACGCACGCACGCACGCGCACAACUGUGUCUUCAUUUCCCUUAGUACGGGUGCGUUAGACCGGAGAGCAGCGCAGAGACAGACAGCAGCGACAGAGUACUAGGUCUGGAAAACCUGGGAUGUGCUGGAGCAUCUCAUAGAGAUGGUUCCGGACCAGACUGACGUACAUCUAGGAGCGGAUUUUCCCUCACGCACGCUACUCUGACAACACAGGAACCGGACCGGAUCGGAGCAGACUCAACAAAAACCUUGUCCAUCACGGCCGCGUCCCGGCACGGAGCGGCGCAAACUUUCGCCUGGAUGUGACGCACAGGUCUGCGUGAUGUUUUUAGAUCAGUUGACCUGGAGCUUUUCCUCAGGAGACUCCUGUAGGAGCAGGAAGCCUCAGAGCUGAGCAUCACCGGGACUCGACCAGGUCCUGUAUCUCGAGCUCGGAACUGAGCUCAAUCUCGGAAUCUCCCGGAAUCGCUGGGACAUCCCUGGGAGACUCAGGUGAGCCGAGCUGUGUCAGCAACUGGAACAAGCCUAGGAAUAACCGUGAGGGGGGGAAAAAACAACUCGACAAAGACACUAUCUGGAAUAACGCGACAGAUUCACCAGCACCGGAAAACGCCGAGACAUGAUGUGGACACCGACAGAGGACGAGAAGAUCGGAGUGGUGAUCUGCACUUUCCGAGGCUCGGUGACUCAGGGUUUGGCUCUGGAGGUUGGAGAAACUGUUCAGAUCCUGGAGAAAUGUGAAGGAUGGUUCAGAGGUUUUUCAACAAGGAAACCAAACGUCAAGGGAGUUUUUCCUGUCAGCUACGUCCACUUGAAGAAAGCCACCGUCAGCAAUCGAGGGCCUGAUGAGACUGUGGUUCCUCUGGAAGACCCCAUCAUCACCGAGGUGACGUCCACGCUGCAGGAGUGGGCGUUACUGUGGAAGCAGCUCUAUGUGAAACACAAAGUGGAUCUGUUCUACAAACUUCGUCAUGUGAUGAUGGAGCUGAUCGAUCUGAGGAGGCAGCUCCUGUCUGGUCACCUGACCCAGGACCAGAGCCGAGACGUCAAACGCCACAUCACCGUCAGACUGGACUGGGGCAACGAACACCUGGGUCUGGACUUGGUACCAAGGAAAGACUUUGAGACAGUGGAUGAGGAGCAGAUCAGCGUCUCAGAUCUUUAUAAAAUGCAUCUGUCCAGCAGACACAGUGUCCAACAGAGCAUCACUCAGAACGACACUAUGAGGCAGAGAAACAGCGACCCAUGCAGAGUACCGAUCCAGCACCACCUACUGGUGAAUCUGAAGAGUUUCAGCUACAACAGUGUUGGAGAAGACACAGACAUUUUCUUUUCUCUGUUCGACCUGAGAGAAGGAAAAACCAUCAGUGAGAAAUUCAUGGUGAGGCUGAACAAGAACGGAGGACCAAAGAAUCCAGAGAAGGUGGACCGACUCUGUGCACUGUUCACGGAUCUGAGUAACAAAGACAUGAAGAGAGAUUUGUACAUCGUCUCACACGUCAUCAGAACAGGUCGCAUGCUGCUGAACGACAGUAAGAAAGGUCCUCCCCACAUUCAGUACCGACGACCGUACGGCUGUGCUGUGCUAGCCAUGAGCGACGUUCUGCAGACCAUCUCUGAACUGAAAGAGGAGAAAGACUUUGUCCUCAAAGUUUACACAUGCAACAAUGAGAAUGAAUGGUACCAGAUUCAUGAGAACAUCAUCCGAAAGUCCAGUACCAAGUACACUGCUCCCAGCACCAACUAUGGUUUGAUCAUAUCUCUGCAGCUCCUCAGAGGAGACAUGGAGCAGCUCCAGAGGGAGAACCCUCUCAUCUUCAACAGGAACGUGGCCAUCACACGCAAACUGGGCUUUCCAGACGUCAUCAUGCCGGGCGACGUCCGUAACGACCUGUACUUGACACUGGAGCGAGGAGAUUUUGAGAGAGGAGGAAAGAGCGUGCAGAAGAAUAUCGAGGUCACUGUCUUUGUGCUGUACGCAGAUGGAGAAAUCCUGAAGGACUGUAUCAGCAUUGGCUCUGGAGAACCGAACGUGCCGGAGCACCGUUCCUUCGUGCUCUACCAUAACAACAGCCCGCGGUGGUGUGAGGUCAUAAAACUCCCGAUUCCCAUUGACCGUUUCAGAGGUUCUCACCUACGGUUCGAGUUCAGACACUGCUCCACGAAGGACAAAGGAGAGAAGAAGCUGUUUGGUUUCUCCUUCACUCCUCUGAUGAGGGAGGACGGCACGACUCUGUCAGACGACAGUCACGAACUCUACGUCUACAAGUGUGAUGAGAACACCACCUUCAGUAACCACGCCCUCUACCUGGGGCUGCCCUGCUGCAAGGACGACUUCAGUUGCUCUCCCAGCAUUCCCUCCAGUCUGGUCUUCCAGCGCAGCAUUAAGGAAUCCUUCUGGAUCGCCACCCAGCUCUCCUCCACCAAGCUGACACAGAACGUUGACCUUCUCGCCCUUCUUAAGUGGAAGUCGUAUCCUGACCGUGUCUUGGACAUACUCGGACGACUAAGACACGUCAGUGGGGAGGAGAUCGUCAAGUUCCUACAAGACAUUUUGGACACACUGUUUUCUAUUUUGGACGACAACACGGACAAAUAUGGACCUCUGGUGUUUCAGUCUCUCGUUUUUGUCAUCAACCUGCUCAGGGACAGUAAAUAUUUCCACUUCCGACCAGUCAUGGACACGUACAUACAGAAACACUUUGCUGGUGCACUGGCCUACAAAGAGCUGAUCCGUUGUCUGAGGUGGUACAUGGACCGCUCAGCUGAGGUGGUGAGACAGGAACACAUCCAGGAGGCCAUACAUAAUGGAAAGUUUGCUACUGCUCUGGAGUACUUGUUUAAAUUCAUCGUCCAAUCACGACUCCUCUACUCCCGGGCGACCUGUGGCUUGGAGGAGGAACAGUUCCGCUGCAGCAUCCAAGAACUGUUCCAGUCCAUCCGCUUUGUCCUCAGUCUGGACAGUCGCAAUUCCGAGACUCUCAUCUUCACACAGGCGGCUCUACUGAACUCCUUCCCCGCCAUCUUUGACGAGCUUCUUCAGAUGUUCUCGGUACAAGAAGUAGCAGAAUUUGUGCGUGGAACUCUGGGAAGUUUGCCAUCCACGGUCCACAUGGGACAGUCCAUGGACGUGGUCAAACUGCAGUCCAUCUCUCGCACUGUGGACAGCCGGCUCUUCUCCUUCCCAGAGUCUCGGAGGAUUCUUCUGCCUGUGGUUCUUCAUCACAUCCAUCUUCAUCUGAGACAACAGAAGGAGCUGUUGAUCUGCUCUGGAAUCCUCAGCUCCAUCUUCUCCAUCAUUAAGAACAGUUCACUGGAGAUUCUGGUGCAGGAGGAGGUGGAGAUGAUGGUGGAGUCUCUGCUGGAUGUCCUUCUGCAGACACUGCUGUCCAUCAUGAGCAAGAGCCAAUCGCAGGAGGCGGUAAGAGGUCACCGCUGUCCUCAGUGCACCGCCGAGAUCACUGGGGAGUAUGUGUCCUGCCUCCUGUCCCUCCUCCGUCAGAUGACAGACAUUCACUUCCAACAUCUGAUGGAAAACUUCCAGAGCAAAGAGGAGUUGAAGGAGUUCCUGUUGAAAAUUUUCUGUGUAUUCAGGAAUCUUAUGAAGCUCAGCAUUUUUCCUCGUGACUGGAACGUGAUGAGACUCUUGACUAGCAACAUCAUACUGACCACAGCUCAGUAUUUGUCUCCAGCCCUUCACAAAAACUUCACUGAGGCCGAAUUUGACUUUAAGGUAUGGAACUCCUACUUCAGUCUGGCCGUACUGUUCAUCAACCAGCCCAGUUUACAGAUGGAAAACCUGAGUCCUGCCAAGAGAAAGAAGGUUCUAGACAAGUAUGGAGACAUGAGGGUGAUGAUGACCUACGAGCUCUUCAGCAUGUGGCAGAACCUGGGUGACAAUAAAAUCCACUUUAUUCCGGGGAUGAUCGGUCCGUUCCUGGGAGUGACGCUGGUGCCCCAGGUGGAGCUUCGGAACAUCAUGAUUCCUAUUUUCCACGACAUGAUGGACUGGGAACAGCGGAAGAACGGAAACUUCAAACAAGUAGAGGCAGAAUUGAUUGAUAAGCUGGACAGUUUGGUUUCUGAAGGGAGAGGAGAUGAGAACUACAGAGAGCUCUUCAGUUUACUAACUCAGCUGUUUGGGCCUUACCCCAGUCUUCUUGAGAAGAUUGAACAGGAGACAUGGAGAGAGACUGGUGUUUCCUUUGUUACCUCAGUAACACGGCUGAUGGAGCGACUGCUGGAUUACAGGGACUGUAUGAAAGGAGAUGAGACGGAAAACAAGAAGAUCGGUUGUACCGUUAACCUGCUGAACUUCUACAAGUCAGAGAUCAACAAGGAAGAGAUGUACAUCCGCUACAUCCACAAACUCUGUGACAUGCAUCUACAGGCUGAGAACUACACUGAGGCAGCUUUCACUCUUUUGCUGUAUUGGGAACUGCUGCAGUGGGACAAGCGAGCUCUCAAAGAGUUCCUCCAUUAUCCUGCUCAGACUGAGUGGCAUCGCAAAGAAGGGAUGUGUCGAAAAGUCAUCCACUACUUUAACAAAGGAAAGUGUUGGGAGUUUGGGAUUCCUCUCUGCAGAGAGCUGGCCUUUCAGUAUGAAUCUCUGUACGACUACCAGAGUCUAAGCUGGAUAAGGAAAAUGGAGGCAGCCUACUAUGACUACAUCAUGGAGCAGCAGCGUCUGGAACCAGAGUUUUUCAGAGUUGGCUUCUACGGCAGGAAGUUUCCUUUCUUUCUCAGGAAUAAAGAAUUUGUGUGUCGGGGCCACGACUAUGAAAGGUUAGAGGCCUUUCAGCAAAGGAUGCUGGGAGAAUUCCCCCAAGCCAUUGCCAUGCAGCAUCCUAACCAGCCGGACGAAGCCAUUCUGCAGUGUGACGCUCAGUAUCUCCAGAUCUACGCUGUGACACCGGUACCAGAUAGUGUCAGCGUGCUGCAGAUGGACCGCGUGCCCGAUCGUAUCAAGAGCUUCUACCGUGUUAAUAACGUUCGACGGUUCCGUCACGACCGACCAUUCCACAAAGGAACCAGAGACCGAGACAACGAGUUCAAGAGUCUGUGGAUUGAGAGAACCACGCUGACACUUACUCACCCCCUGCCUGGAAUCUCCCGCUGGUUUGAGGUAGAAAAGAGAGAACUGAUGGAGGUGAGUCCAUUGGAAAACGCAGUGUCAGUGGUGGAGAACAAGAACCAGGAGCUGAGGACUCUGAUUGGUCAGUACCAACACAAGCAGCCGCAGGGAAACAUCAACCUGCUGAGUAUGACCCUCAACGGAGUUGUCGACGCGGCCGUCAAUGGAGGCAUCACUCGAUACCAAGAGGCCUUCUUUGACAAAGAGUACAUCAGCAGUCAUCCUGAGGACACGGAUAAAAUCACACAGCUCAAAGACCUGAUGCAGGAGCAGGUCCACAUUUUGGCCGUGGGUUUGGCAGUGCAUGAGAAGUUGGUGCACCCAGAAAUGCGACCCCUGCACAAGAAGCUGAUUGAUCAGUUCCAUAUCAUGAGGAGCAGUCUGUGUCACGGUCUGCCUGGUUUGGACAAGACUAACAUUCCCAGAGGAAUCUUGGCAUCGCACGGUUCGAUAAAUCCAGAGAGCUACAGACUCCUGAACCGACACAGUGAAGUUGGGAAUCUCGGGAAUCUUCUGGUCCUGACUGACAGCAUGGUUCUGGAGAGUCCAGACGACUUCUACAGAGUGCAGCCGAGCUCCUCCUCGUCCAGCAUUAGCCCCACCCACUCUGUGCCCUCUCAGAUGACGAACCCCAUACACUCGACCAUCAGGGUAGGUUCUCCAUCUCUACCAGACAGAUACAGACACAGCAGGGAGAUGCUGAUGCUGCUGCCACCUCUGCAAGGAGAGCGACCCAGCAGUGCCAUGUACGGCAACGUUGGUGAAAAUGGACAGAUGGUGAACCUUCAGAAAGCUCUCCUCCAUCAGGUGAUUGGUCCAUGUAAACCCUGCAGUGAUCCAAAUCUGUCUGUGGCCGAAAAAGUCCUCACUACCCCCAGUAGUUGGAGUCUGGACAGUGGAACCAAAGAUGUUCUUCCAUUCCUGUCUGUGGCACCUCCUGUUCCUCCAAGAAACCUCAGCCAUGGACAACACCUGUCGCUGCACUUUGAUGCUUUCCACCAGCAGCUCAGUGACCUCCCUCCAGCACUCCCUGCUCGCUCCUUAAGAAAGUGUCCCCUGCUGCCCAUAUCUGCCUCACCCAUCAGUCCACAGUCCCUUCUGGAUGGCAGUAACUCUACAUUAUCUGGCAGCGCAAGUUCUGGAGUUUCGUCCCUCAGUGACAUUAACUUCUGCACCCCCGCCUCGUCCUCUGAGCCUCCCCCCAGCAGGACAGACACUCUGGAGUCUGCCCCCAGCAGCCAGGCCUGGACCACAGACCAAGAAGACUUGGACUCUCCUUACCAGGCCAUCAGGUACAGUGUCUCUGAGCCCGUGGUCCUUGAAGCAGCCAGACUGACCCCUUGUCGCAGCCAGUCGGCACCAGGAGAUCAAACCCGGCUGCAGGGUCCAGCCCCCUCCUCAACCCAACAACAGGACGGGAUUUCACAGCCCCUUAACCUCUACUUCAACCAACAGCAGAGUCAGAAUUUCCUCCCUCUCUACUUCUCCCACCACCCACCACUCUAUCAUCUCCACGAGCCGCCGGCACUUCCUCCAAAGCCCUACGUCAGAGAGGGAUGCAUCCCAGAAGAGGAGGCCCAUAUGUGCCAGGCUACUCCUACCCCAGGACCCCGGCCAAUGCUGCGUAAGAUCUCCCAGCCCAUGAUUACAGCCACCAAGGACGAGCCAGCCAGGGUCAGCUGGGAGCACGGUGUGGGCCAGGACUGAGAAUCUGAUCGGCCCGCGUCAAAAAAGUGAAGGACUGAGCAGUGGGACACCGUAACCUGAUUUUACCAGGGAUUGAAUCACUUAAGGUCCAGGAUGAGUUUCAAAUCUGAAAUUCCGAGCUCGACCAGGAUUUGGAAUACAGAAUUCAAACAUUUAACAUUUCUUACACAUCAGUUUUCAUAACGUAGUCCACCUUUGAUAAACAAAAUGUAGUUGACGCCUGGUAACCAACAUUUAUGAUAUCAGAUAUUUCCCACAUAGCGAUAUGUGGACCACAUUAUAGAUAUUAAAUAUGGCCAAAGAUCUUGAUACCAGAUGUGGCCAACACUGUUUACAAGCUAUAGAUCAUGUAUCCAAAUUUCUGAAAGUGGGUGUGGUCCAGAAAGAGUCAUUUGAAUGUGGCUCAGAUGUAUAUACUAGAUGUGGCCAGCAUUAAGUUUGUUGGUUUGAGCUGUUUUUGUUUUGACCAACAAAUUGUGAUUUCCUGUCAUACACUCUAUGUAGAUAUUAACCAGAAAUACACUUUAUCUGCUAUAAAUAUUAAUGGUAAAAUAAUAAUAAUAGAAAUAAUAAAAUUAAUACAUUGAUUUUUUUUAGUCUUAUGUGGCUAAAAAAUGAUAAUGUAAUUUCAAAGACUAAUACUUUAAUGGAGACAGAUUUGCACCUCGUGGCCCAGAAUACAUUGACUGUUACCCGAAAGAAAGACAAUUUCGAUUCAAUUUCGAUUCAAUUUUUAGUUUUUGCAAAAAAUAUUAGUUUUAUUUGUAUUAUUUUGCAAAAAUAUAAUAGCUAUAAAUAUGACUGUUCAAAAACUGCAUUUUAUAGGACAAAUUUGUAUUUUGUCACUCACCAACAUUUCAAUCUGUUAUUGUUUUUUCUCAUGAACUAACAUUUCCUCCACAGUGAAAUAUUUUGCUUCUGUAUUUAAUUUGUGACACUAAAACAACACUGACAUUUCCCUGUUACAACAAAGUUUCACAAUUUUAAUUUAAUGGAAUUUUUUAUCAAAUAUUUGAAAAUCAGUGUAUCAAGAUACUAUGUAGAAAUUUAACUCACUAUAGUUUUUGCAUUUGACAACUAUUUAUAACACAGUUAGCUGUAUUUAUUUAGCUUAAAAUGUCAGUAACAUUUAUACAGAAUAUAAACCUUAUUAUAAAUAAAUUAAACUAUUAAUGUAUUUAUUGUUUUUAUGGGCAUAAUAAUUUAACAAAAGUUGAAUGUGUGAAGGCGGUGCAUUCACACUUUUAUUUAGAUAGUUUGAUGAGACCUUUGCUUUGGAUUUGGGUCUAAAUAACAUUAGUACAGAUGAAUAGACUUUUGUUUUUCAUCAUGAAACUGAACUCCCAUUGAUUUCCAUUGAACGUGCACUGCUGCCCAAAUUAAGUGUUUCAUUCUUUACAUUCCUUUGACUUAGUUACGUGACACACAGUGAACACAUCAGGCAGCAGUAGACCAGCAGUGACCAGCAGUAGACCAUAAAUAGAGUCACACACACGACACAACAGUUUUUUGCAUCAGUAAAUGAACAUUUAUUUUUUAACUCCAGUUUUUGGAAUCCUUGAUUAAAAUCGGCAACUCAAACUGACCGUAGGGGGCAGCAUUGACCAGGAGCUCCUGUGUACCUUUUAGCUAAACCCAACAACUGUACAGUAUGUAGACUGGUGUGGGAGGUGUUGUAGGUCAGCCGUGUCUGUGUAAAUGCUGCUAAGAAAAAUUAUUUGAUUUAAAGCAGUGGUUUACAGUUGGUUUCAAGAAUGUAGCUGGUGUUCAUUUAGGGAGUGUCUCCUUUUUGUUUACAAACAAAAAAAAAAAAAAACGAAUUUGAAAAAGAUGAUGUGUGGUGAUUUCAGGGCAGCUGAGUGAUGCAUUCUUGUUUUUCCGUAUUUUUGAUGACACAAAAUGCAUUAAUAUUUUUUUCUUGUACAGAAACAUAAUUUGUGAGCAUGUUUAUAGGUUGUGACAUGUUUUCCUGAUAGAUGUAAAUAGUAUUUUUUUUUUGUCUUAACUCUCUUAACUGCUGUGGCUAUGAAAGACCUUUAUUAAACCUGGUUUAAACAUGCACCUUUGUAUGUU